AUGACAAACUUUUCUGCAAUUUUGUAUAUAGAUCUCGAUGCUCUUGUAGUUGACGAUAUUACCGAAGUGUUAAAAUGUGGAUCUUUUUGUGCAGUUAUGAGACAUUCUGAUCUUUUCAAUUUUGGUGUUUUUGUCUUGCAACCGAAUCUUAAGGUAUACUCAGAGAUGAAAUCGAAAUACUUAGCUCUUCCUUCAUACGAUCAUGGCGAUCAAGGCUUUGCUAAUUCCUACUUCUCGGAAUUGAAAUUUACGAGAAUGUUUGAUCCAGCAGAUGCAAAUUGGCCUGAAAAUUCUAGCGAAAUACAUCGUCUGCCCUCUUACUACAAUUACGAUGUUGGUCACUACUACUUACAAAGCAGUAUGCGUGUAAAACCGAAGAUAAUACAUUAUACCUUAGGUCCAACGAAACCCUGGCUGUGGUGGACAUACCCAAUGUUUGACUUAAACUAUCAUUGGUUGACAAUACGAAAUAUGAUUACUGAUGAUCCACCAACAACUUUGUACGAUCUGUUCUGCGUGGUAUUUGAAUUUCUAUUAGUCACAACUUUAGUGACAAUCUGUCAGGUCCUUAAGCGAUCCAGUCGAACACUGAAGAAGUAUUCUGCGUCAAUGCCAUCGCACUGGUUGAUCGUUGCUUCACAACUGAUUUCAGUGGCGGUAGCAUUCUUUCUGGUACCGCAAGGAAAAAGCCCAAUUUUAUCAUGGCUCAUAUUUAUUGUCAAUCAGUUGAUAGUGCUGUUGUUUCUAAACGUUCUUCGGGUACGGUUUUUCGAAGAAAGUUGUGUAAGCACAACUCGAGUUAUUCAGUACUUUUUGGUAUCUAUUUUGUCGUUUGUGAUAGUCUAUUUUACACUGUCACACAUCAAUAAUUUUGGAACUCGAAUUAAGUUUAUGUGCAUACUGGUAUCUUUUUGGUUUUUAAUUGUCUAUUUGCUGUGUCAACGACUUAAGAAUGGUAGUUGCUGUAAAGUGCCUCGUUAUGAGCCUGUCAACCAAGACCUGGAUUUUUAA